UACAUUUUCUCUCAUAUCGUGUCCGUGCGCUCUUAUUUUGAAGGUAGACGCUAGCGUUUCCGGUUUAGCCCUAUGUGUUUCCUGCUGACUUGAUGCAGCUGUUGCAUUGACAGCGCCUCUAAAAGACUGGAAACACGAGCUGCCAGCUACUCCACAUUAAGUCUACCGACACGGAGACACCUCGACCUGCUCCAGCCGGCGGGCCGGUGCUCCAGCCGGCGGUAAUAGACAAUAACAGACCUCACGGUACCGGUGAGCUCCGGUGUUUGGACGGUGAGUUUUGGCUGUGAACGACGCAUGACCAGGCUGAAGUUUCCCGAUCCUCCUGCACACUGACGCUGCAACAACAGCGUUGAUAUCACAGCGGGCAGCGAGGUGGUUUCCUCUGGAUCCAAACAGGGAGGCAACGCCACGUACGAUCACAUACGAUAACAAAAGGUUUUUGUGGGCGUGCAGCGGAGCGGCGGAGUCCAACACAAUGUGAGAGCAGCGAUGAUCAACUUGGUGGAAAGUUGGGAGAGACGGCGCAUCAAAUAGAAAAAGUGAUGUUUUUAUAGAGCGGAGCGGCAGGUUCACUUUGACUUCAUCGCCCGGAGCCUCCCUCGCAUACUAAUCUGACUGUUUCCUGUGCGGAGUGGCCAUGGAGGAGCAAGAGAGGGAGAUCUCGGACCUGGACCCGCAGGAGUGCUCCACGCUGCCGGAGAACGGCGUCAUGCUGGUGGUCAAUCACAGCCGGGUCCGCGCGCCCCUCAGCGUGGUGCUGGCCACGGUGCUCUACCUGGCGGAGUUCAUCACCGCCGCGGUGCUCUGCAGCAUGUACCACAAGACCGAGGACUUCAUCUGGAUGGGCUUCACCAUCGCCUUCAUGCUGGUCCCCGCCGUGCUCAUCCAGCUGACCCUCACCUUCAUACACCGGGACCUGGGCCGGGACCGGCCCCUGGUCCUCUUCCUGCACCUGCUGCUGCUCGGCCCUGUCAUCAGGUGUCUGGAGGCUCUGGUGGUUUAUUUCAAGGCUGGUAAGAAGGAGGAGUCGUACGUCACCAUCUCCAGGAAGAUCAGUCUGAAGAAGGGCCAGGGGACGCCCAUGGAGUGGGAGAUCGGCCGAUCGGAGCGAACGCUGGCCGCUCACAGAAACGCCUUCAAACGCACAGCGGUCAUCCAGGCUUUUCUGGGCUCUGCGCCUCAACUGACUCUCCAGCUUUAUGCCACCAUCCAGGAGAAAUACUACAUGUCUGCACGAUGGGCUCUGAUGAUCAUCACCCUCAUCUCCAUCACAUACGGGGCUCUGGUGUGCAGCGUGCUGGCCAUCCAGAUCAGAUACGACGACUACAAGUUGCGCCUGCGCCCUAUUGCCUACCUGUGCAUGAUCGUGUGGAGGAUGUUGGAGAUCGCCACCCGGAUCACAGCUCUGGUCCUCUUCAGCACGGCGCUCACACACUGGGUGAUCCUGGUCGGCGUGGGUAACCUGCUCUUCUUCUUCUUCCUCCCCUGGAUCGAGUUCUGGGCCCGGAAAGGCUCGCUGACCGAGAACGUGGAGAAAAACUUCUCUAAGCUGGACACUGUGAUCGUGCUGAGCAUGUUCACGCUGCUCUACGCCUGCAUCAACAUCUUCUGCUGGUCGGCGGUGCAGCUGGAUCUCUCACAUCGAGACCUCAUAGAGAAGAAGCAGCGCUGGGACCGCAUCGCCAUGUACUACUGCGGACGCUUUGUGGAGAACUUCCUCCUCAUCACGCUCUGGUACUUCUUCAAGUCGGACUUCUACGAGUACGUGUGUGCUCCGCUGCUGGCCGUGCAGCUGCUGAUCUGCUACAGCCUGGCCGUGCUCUUCAUGCUGCUCUUCUACCAGUUCUGCCACCCCUGCAGGCGCCUCUUCAAGUACAACGUGCACGACUGCCUGCACUGCGUCUGCUGCAGCAGCAGAAGAAGAGAGGAGAGAAGUCGACGGAGGAAACCGCAGCACUCGUACUCUACCGCCGCCACCAUGGUGCUGGUGCCGGAGGAGCCGCUGCAGCUGCUGGACCCCCAAAACUCCCAACCCCUAGACCUCACCAGUCAGCUGGGGGAGCGGGAGACAGCUAUAGUUGAAGACAUGAUGGAAGCAGCUUAAGAAUUUAACUGUGUAAUGUUCAUGCAUCUGAGCUGGAGGUGCAGGUUGCAACACCUUGAGUACUUUAACACAAAAAACAGAAUGAUUGUUUUUGUACGGAAGCCCUGAACCGCAAGUGAAGAAAAAAUUUUUUUUUGAGAUGUUAUCUUGUUAUUUCGAGAUCAUAUCUCGUUAUUUCAAGAUAAUAUCUCAUUAUUUCGAGAUAAUACACAUAUGUAAAAAAAAUAAUAAUUUAAAAAAAAAAAGAAAAAAAUU